UACUUUUUGAAGUUCGGUAUUGGUCUUGGUCUUGGGUGAAAUUAUAUAGCUUUCUAAAAGAAGAAGACUCCACGCCAAGUGCAAUGAGGAAGCGAAAUACACUUCCAGUGUGCGGCAGUUGGUCUAAUGGAGUGUUAUACAUUUGUUCUUCUUUCUGAUUUCAAGUGUUCAAAAAAUGUCAAAACUACGAUUUAUCAUAACAACGGGAAUAUUCAUUCAAUUUAUUAUCUUCAUUCUAGGAUCUGAGCAAAAAACACAAAUGGAUGAUUGUUUUCGUUUCUUCGCGCCAAUUUUGAAUGGUGUGGCUUUUGAAUUCUCCAAGUGUUACAUGAAUUGUUCGAAGGAUUCUAAAAACACUUUACACACUAAGGAUGAUGUAGAAGAAAAGGAUAUUGAAAAACAAAAUUAUGAAGUUGAAAAAUGUCAAAAUGCAUCAAUAAGAGGAUACGUUGAAAACUACUACUUGACUUUUCUAGAACUACAAGAUUGUAUUAUGUCAACUACUGAUACCAACCAUCAACAGGAAAGUGAAAUAAAGCAAAAUUCUUCGAACACAAACGAAGGGGAGACAUUGAUUGAGGACAAUAAAGAAACACAAAAAAAUAAGAUAAUGUACUCAGGCUAUCAAAGAAGGAAAAUAUGUGAUAUUGAUUGAUGUCUUGAAAUAAAUAUUGAAACACGUGUUUCACUUGAACACUGACAAGCGUAUAUAGAAUAACAAA